AGCAUCGAGGAGUCUCGCGCUUAGAGUCGGUUGUAGCCGAAGGCGCAAGGUAGACAGGGCUACUGCUUGGUGCGCUACCCGCGUGCGCACUGCGGCCUGCAGCCCACCUCGGCAAAGGAGUUUAAGGUGCCCGGGGGCGGGGAAGUGACCUGGCGCGUGCGCAGUGCCCGCGGCGACGCCAGGUCCCUCUGUGUGGGUUGUGCUUAAUCGCGCGGCGCGUGCGCAGCGCGGAGGGCGGAGGGAUUUGAGACUUGUUCCACCCCUUUCCCCUGUCGCGAGCCGAGGCCGCGCGGGCUCGUGAGCAGCGGCCUGGUGCGCGCGCUGGGCGGGCGACGAAGGCAGACGGACGCAGACGCCGCCGGAGUCGAAGGCAGAGCAGGAGUCCCUGCUGCUGAGGGGCCGCCGCAGCCGCCGCGAGCCCCCGGACCGUCGCCAGGCCGAGGAGGGCGCCGCGCGGCGGACUUGGCAAGAUGACCCAGUUCCUGCCGCCCAACCUUCUGGCCCUCUUUGCUCCCCGCGACCCUAUCCCAUACCUGCCACCCUUGGAGAAACUGCCACAUGAAAAACACCACAAUCAACCUUACUGUGGCAUUGCGCCCUACAUCCGAGAGUUUGAGGACCCUCGGGAUGCCCCUCCCCCGACUCGAGCAGAAACUCGGGAGGAACGCAUGGAGAGAAAGAGACGAGAAAAGAUUGAGCGGCGACAGCAGGAAGUGGAGACAGAGCUAAAAAUGUGGGACCCUCACAAUGAUCCCAAUGCUCAGGGUGAUGCCUUCAAGACUCUCUUUGUGGCUAGAGUGAACUAUGACACGACAGAAUCCAAGCUCCGGAGAGAGUUUGAGGUGUACGGACCCAUCAAAAGAAUACACAUGGUCUACAGUAAGCGGUCAGGAAAGCCCCGCGGCUAUGCCUUCAUCGAGUAUGAACAUGAGCGAGACAUGCACUCCGCUUACAAGCACGCAGAUGGCAAGAAGAUUGAUGGCAGGAGAGUCCUUGUGGACGUGGAGAGAGGCCGAACUGUGAAGGGCUGGCGGCCCCGGCGGCUAGGAGGUGGCCUCGGUGGGACCAGAAGAGGCGGGGCUGACGUGAACAUCCGGCAUUCGGGCCGGGACGAUACUUCCCGCUAUGAUGAGAGGCCCGGCCCCUCCCCGCUUCCCCACAGGGACCGGGACCGGGACCGCGAGCGGGAGCGCAGGGAACGAAGCCGCGAGCGAGACAAGGAGCGAGAACGGCGACGCUCCCGCUCUCGGGACCGGCGGCGGCGCUCACGGAGUCGCGACAAGGAGGAGCGGAGGCGCUCCAGGGAGCGUAGCAAGGACAAGGACCGGGAACGGAAGCGGCGAAGUAGCCGGAGCCGGGAACGGGCACGUCGGGAGCGGGAGCGCAAGGAGGAGCUGCGUGGUGGCGGAGGUGGUGGCGACAUGGCAGAGCCCUCUGAGGCUGGUGAUGCGCCUCCUGACGAUGGGCCUCCUGGGGAGCUGGGUCCUGACGGCCCUGAUGGUCCAGAGGAGAAGGGCCGGGAUCGUGACCGGGAACGACGUCGGAGCCACCGGAGCGAGCGGGAGCGGCGGCGGGACCGCGACCGAGACCGGGAUCGCGAGCACAAGCGGGGGGAGCGGGGUGGCGAACGGGGCAGGGAUGAGGCCCGAGGUGGGGGGGGUGGCGGCCAGGACAACGGGCUGGAGGGUCUGGGCAAUGAAAGCCGAGACAUGUACAUGGAGUCUGAGGGAGGUGAUGGGUAUCUUGCUCCGGAGAACGGGUAUUUGAUGGAGGCCGCACCAGAGUGAAGAGGGCCUUCCUCCCCCCGCGCCCUGGUUCUGUUUGGACGUGUUCCUACCCACCCCUCUGCUGUCGUCCUCUCCCCCCGACCUUCUCGGCCACCACCUAAGUUUGCCAGCCAAGGGUAGGAGUCUCCUUAUUUGUUCUGGCCCCUUGGAUUUAAAAAUAAAAUUAAUUUCCUGUUGAUAACGA